UGUUUCUAUAGUAACAGAGUCCUCCGUCCUGCCCCCCUGCUGUGACAGUGUGACAAUGGAGCUGCGAUCAUUUUUCUUUAAUCCGAACAUAAAUGUGCUGGAGUUUCUGUUGCAGGAGGACGCAUAGAAGGAAGGUGCAUUAUGCAGGAAAAGGACACGGCGUAUGAUAAAUGGAAGCAGCCGGGAUGGAGGAUUGAGCAGAAAUACUCCAGCAAAGUGCUUGUAGGCAACUGGGCUGAGGAGAGACUGCAGUUCUCUCGGGAGGGUAAGACAGCAAACAGCAGCAACAGGCUGGACUUCAAGCCUCACCCAGACCACAGACCAGAUGUGAUCGUAAGACGGACGGCGCUGCGUAGAUCUGAGGGUCUUCCCACCAGACUCCUCUUCUCCCACCAUAACACGCCCACCUCACAUUACCUGGUCACGCUCUACGACGAGUCUUAUGGUCGACGUAGCUCCUCUGGCCUUCCCAAGCUCCGCACUUGGCACACUGACAAGCUGGGUUGGGUCCCUGAGAAGUCAGAUCAUCCGCUUCAUGGCCCUCCGACCAACUACGGUCUGACAGAGCUUUGGCGAGCACAGCUGGAGAAGCAGCAGGUGGGGUCGCACAUGCUCAGUAUGUACAGAGGGGCAUAUCCAGUGUACCCCACAGAUGCAUUCUGUCAGCCUCGACAUGCCAGAGUGCCACGCCUGACCUCCGUCAGAAAGAAGGACCUGGAAAUAAACCACAUGCCAGGAAAUGCUACUAGACCAAUGUCACCUCUGCCUUGUGUGUAACCUUGCCUCUAUCAGACUGAUUGUAAAGUAGCAUCUAUAUAUGCA